CUUAUACUUUUGGCUAAAGACUAAACGCUCUGCAUUAUGGCCGAAGAAGUGAUCGCCAAGGGCAGCAUCUUGGGCAAGCUGGUGCCCGCACGGUAUGUGCUUGCCAUACUGGGCUCCAUUGGCAUGGCCAUUGUCUAUGGGCUGAAGGUGAAUCUGAGUGUUGCCAUGGUUGCCAUGGUGAACCACACUUCGAUACAUCUGAUGCAGGAGAAGCCAUUGGAUCAUCACACCAUUUCGAAUAUCUCGAGCAGCUCGGCCGAGGCUGUUGAGGUCUGCUCGCCGCCAGGUGGCGCCACCAAUGUAACCGCCAAGGUUGAGGACGGACCCUUUAGCUGGAGCGAACCCCUGCAGGGCACACUGCUGAGCUGUUAUUUCUGGGGCUAUCUGGUCUCGCAAAUCCCGUUGGCUCAUGUGGCCGAAAACUUCUCGGCCAAGUGGGUCAUGUUAUUCUCGGUGGCCAUCAAUGUGGUGUGCACUCUGUUGACUCCUCUUCUGACGUCUGCCCAUUAUGGAGGCUUGAUACUGAUGCGCGUCCUGGAGGGUGUGGGCGGCGGUGCCUCGUUCCCAGCUAUGCAUGUCAUGAUUGCCUCUUGGGCCCCACCCACCGAGCGUAUGGUCAUGUCCACCAUCAUCUAUGUGGGCACAUCGGCAGGCACUGCACUCUCCAUCCUGUUGGCUGGCGUUCUGUCAGCCAACUGGGGCUGGGAGUCGGUGUUCUAUGUGAUGGGCGCUCUGAGCUGCAUCUGGAUGGUCUUGUGGGUAAUCCUGGUGCAGGAUAAUCCCAACAAGCAGCGCUUCAUCAGUGCCGAGGAACGGCACAUGAUCACCAGCUCGCUGGGCACCGAAACGAAGGUCGAACAUCAUCCAAAGGUACCAUGGGGCAAGGUGUUCAGAUCGGUGCCCUUCUGGGCAAUUCUCAUUGCUCACACCUGCAACAACUUCGGCUGGUAUAUGUUCCUCAUCGAGAUUCCGUUCUACAUGAAGCAAGUGCUCAAGUUCAACGUGGCCAGCAAUGCAGCCCUUAGCGCCCUGCCCUAUUUCCCGAUGAUCAUCUUCAGCAUACUCCUUGGCAAAAUUUUGGACACUCUGCAAGCGAAGGGCAAAAUAAGCACUACCUUUGCGAGGAAGACCGCCACCUCGAUUUGUACCGUUAUACCGGGAAUAUGCUUACUGAUCUUGUGCUAUAUUGGCUGCCGGCACUACGAGGCCGUCUCUAUCAUGUCCGUGGGCAUCGUGGCAAUGGGCGCCAUGUUCUCUGGCUUCCUAUCCAAUCACAUUGACAUCGCCCCGAACUUUGCUGGCACUUUGGUUGCGUUGACCAACACUGCUGCCACCUUGCCUGGUAUUAUCGUGCCCCUCUUCGUUGGCUUUGUUACCCAUGGAAAUCAAAAUAUUGGAGCUUGGCGUAUCAUCUUUGGCGUCACAAUCGUUUUGUUCGUUCUGGAGUUCUUAGCUUUCGUCAUAUUUGGAUCGGGCGCCGAACAAUCGUGGAACCGAUCGGGUGCACAGAAGGAUGCCGAAGUUAAGGAUGAGAAGACACCGCUCAAAGAUGUUAAUGUACAGCAAAAGCCAUAAAUGCGCAAUCUCGUUCUGUGGAUCGAACCAUAUAAAGAAUUUCACCUGCAUGACUUUUUGUGUAGUUAAAGCACCGAACUGUCGCACUGGACUGUAAAUACUACAAAAUACCAAUUAUAGUUUUUAGUUUAACCUGUAAUACUAGGUAUACUCGUAUCUGUGCAUCUCUCUAUGGACACUACACUACACUACACUACUUCGUUUACCCGCCUAUAACAUGUACUUAACAAACGACAGGAAUUCAAAUGUUAAUCCGCCUA